GAGUCUGAGCUCAAAAAGGACGCAUCGCAUAUCAACAGCAGAGAUUCGACCUCAAGAACAGCACUGUGCUGGGCAAUCGCACGGGAAGAUUUGGAGGCAGCCAAGUUACUUAUCCGCUAUGGCGCAGAUCCAGACAUAGGAAAUCCCUUAUCAAUCGCCCUCGACCCAUGGCAUUCAACGCCCGACUCCACGCAGGUUCUGCUCGACGCAAACGCCGAUGUCAGUCAAGGAGAUCCGCUGCGCAGAACAGCGCCGCAUUUGAUCGCACGCAAUCACAACGACACCAGUUUCGUCAGUGCCAUCCUUGCGCGGCAUCCCGAUCUCAACAAGAUAAUUACAGUCAAACUCCCCUUCACGAAGCAUGCUUCCGUACGCACGACAACAUAGUCAAAGCUUUACUAGACGCCGGCGCCGACGUGAACGCUGCUGGAAUGCAAAAUUACACUCCUAUUCAAGCGGCGAUUCGCAAUCGAUUCGCUAGAGAUACUCCCUCGGAAGAUCCAAGCGUCGCGUCUGAGUCACAUCGUCGACUCUACUCCAUCAUCGAGCUUCUUCUCGCCGCGGACCCAGAUUGGCGCGUUUGCGCGAUCCUCGGGAAUCCCAUUCUGCAUUUUCUAGCGGAGUUUGCAGACGUGCAUACGAUCCGGCUCUUCCAAGGAGCGAGGCUGACGGGAAUUGAUAUUAACUCCCGGACUGCGCACGGGGAAACCGCGCUUCAGGUCCUCGCAAAGCGGGAAGAUGUCGCUCCUGGGUUGUUCAGGAAUUUGGCAAAUUGUGUGAGAUUGCUGGGGAGGGUGACGCACAGGACGUGUUGGCCACCACGGGCACACAAGAGAUGGGUGAGGAGGUGUUGCAGAGUGACAUCGACGACGCAGGUGAAGAUGUGUAUGAAGAUGCAGUCGAGUUUAUUGGUUCAUUGAAAGACCCGUUCUGAGCGACCGUUAUCCAAUGCAUUUUCAUACCUAGGUACUCAUGUCAGCCUUCUUGGCCAAACAAACUGAAUGGUAUCGUGCACUGUAAUGCCCGGUUCACCAAGCCAAUAAAUGAC